AUGUUGGAGUUUCCGAGUCCGAGCCCUGCGCAUGCGCUAAAGUGGUGGAGGGCCAACGGCCACCGGUCGCUGGCCGGCUUGAUGCUCACCAUAUGUCCCCUUCUGUUUAUCCCUCCGUUGCUGCCGCAUUCACUGUUCCUAGCUCCGAAGAGGUAUGGUCGCGGUGAGCGGAGGGAGGAAGGGCGCGCGUGCCACCUCUCUUCGCCUCGCCUCGCCUCGCCUCUCCUCCCGAUGCCCCUGCUUUCCCACGGGUUCAUCACUCGACGCCGUUCGGCCGUUUCCCCGUCGGUCAUGUGCCAGAGUGAAUCGUUGGCUCGUCUUCCGAUUGGCGAAUCUUGGCAUUAA